CCACGUCAGUGUGUUUACCAAGAGCAGAUUGACAGCUGCUGAAUGUGAUCCAUUUAUUCCCAGUUUGGAGCGGUUUUGUGCCAGUGGAUGAAUCGGCAGCGUUCGGAGUCAGCGGGUUUUCACGCAGUGGAAUGUCUGAAACUUGCGGUUCCCUCAUUUGUUGUAGCAAAUUGAACUUUUGUCUUCUUCAUUCACUGUUGGCCCGGCUAGCUUGCUAGCUUGUCGAGCUAGCUUAGCAUUAGCUGCAGCAGGACUCCAUCUUGGAAAUAGCAGCCACACACAGAUAGCAGGAUGGUGGACAAGAAUAUUUACAUCAUCCAAGGUGAGAUUGGUACUGUUGUUGGAGCAAUCAAGAGAAACUCCAGAUGGAAUACCCACACUCCCCUGGAUGAAGAACAGGACCCUUUACUCAACAGCUUCAGCCACCUCAAGGAGAUACUCAACGGCAUAAAAGAGCUGUCCGAUGUGGAGCCCAACAUUUUUUUGAGGCCCUUCCUGGAAGUUGUACGUUCCGAGGAUACCACUGGACCAAUUACAGGCCUUGCCCUCACCUCAGUCAACAAAUUCCUUUCUUAUGGCCUUAUAGAUGCUAACCAUGAGGCAGCGGCCGAGGCCAUUGAGAACAUGGCAGAUGCCGUCACACAUGCCAGAUUUGUGGGAACAGACCCUGCCAGUGAUGAAGUGGUGCUUAUGAAAAUCCUGCAGGUGUUGAGGACCCUGCUGCUGACACCAGUUGGAGCCCACCUGACCAAUGAGUCUGUUUGUGAGAUUAUGCAGUCUUGCUUCCGAAUCUGCUUCGAGAUGCGCCUUAGUGAGCUUCUGCGGAAAUCAGCUGAACAUACACUGGUCGACAUGGUGCAGCUACUGUUCUCCAGACUGCCCCAGUUUAAAGAGGAGGCCAAGAGUUUUGUGGGGGCCAACAUGAAGAAGGCUUACAAUAUCUUGUGGAAAAACAAGCGAGUGCAGUUGAAGAUGCGUGCCGGUGGGAUGAGUGAGUCAUCCAAAUGGAAGAAGCAGAAACGCUCCCCGAGGCCACCUCGUCACAUAGUGAGAAGUCCUUCUGGUCAGAUGGAACCAUCCCAGUCCACCACCCUGAGCAACAACAACUUAUCUGGUGGCGUCCCGUUCAUUGAGCACGGCUCCUCCAGCUCAAGCUUGGCAGCUUCAGACAGCACAGGCUCAUCCAUCUCCAGCCCUGCUACCACAGACAGUGGCCUGGACACCUGCUCCAAGGCCACCUCAAGAGAGGAUCUGACUGACCUGGAGCAGAGCAGCUCCACAGCCACCACCCCCAGCACAGCUGCCACAACCCCAGGCGCUGAACCUGGCAGGCUGGAUGCUCAGUCUGAGGGAAGGCAAGUUGAACCAGUUCAGUCGGCCUCGGUGGAGUCCAUUCCUGAGGUUUUGGAGGACAGAGACGCCAUUACAGAGCAGUCAGACAGUGCCUCUGUCCAUGACAUGGACUAUGUCAACCCGAGAGGAGUUCGUUUCACUCAGUCCACACAGAGAGAUGGAGCGUCCCUCAUCCCCUAUGGCCUACCAUGUCUACGAGAACUUUUCCGCUUUCUUAUCUCACUGACCAACCCUCAUGACCGUCACAACACUGAUGCCAUGAUGCACAUGGGCUUGCAGCUGCUGACUGUUGCACUGGAGUCAGCACACAUUGCCAACUAUCAGUCACUGCUGGGACUAGUCAAAGAUGAGCUCUGCAGACAUCUCUUCCAGUUGCUGAGUGUGGAUCGUAUGAACUUAUAUGCUGCCUCCAUACGAGUUUGCUUUUUGCUUUUUGAGAGCAUGAGAGUACAUCUCAAAUUUCAGCUUGAGAUGUACCUGAAGAAGCUGAUGGACAUCAUCACAUCAGAGAACAUUAAGAUGCCCUAUGAGAUGAAGGAGAUGGCCCUGGAGGCGCUGGUACAGCUAUGGAGGAUCCCCAGUUUUGUCACCGAGCUGUACAUCAACUACGACUGUGACUUCUACUGCUCCAACCUGUUUGAGGACCUCACCAAGCUGCUGUCUAAGAAUGCGUUCCCAGUAUCAGGGCAGCUCUACACCACCCAUCUCCUCUCAUUAGAGGCUCUGUUGACUGUGAUUGACAGCACUGAGGCCCAUUGCCAGGCUAAGGUGCUCAACAGCACUGCACAAAAGGACCAAUCAGACACCAUGAUUGCAGAAGGGGAGGGCUCGACUAAUAACAGUGCAGACACAACAACAGAUCUCAGUAGACUGGGGAAUAGUACCAAUGGGCAGAAUUUUCCAGAACGUGAAAGUGCACCAGUAUGCCCCCCAACCAGCGGGCAUCUGAUGGCGGAGAAAAUGAGAUUGGGCAGACAGGAUCAGGAAGAGACUGACACUGAGAAGAAAGCGCCAAAAAAGCCUCAACGAUUCUCAUCAUAUUUACCAGAUUCCCAAGAGUUGAUGGAAAUCAAAACUAAGAAGAAGUUGCUGAUCACAGGCACAGAGCAGUUUAACCAGAAGCCCAAGAAGGGAAUCCAGUUUUUGCAGGAGAAAGGCCUCCUCAGUAAUCCUAUGGACAACAAUCAGGUGGCCCAAUGGCUUCGAGAAAACCCCCGUCUGGACAAGAAGAUGAUUGGAGAGUUCAUCAGCGACCGCAAGAACAUGGAGCUCCUGGACAGCUUUGUGAACACAUUUACCUUCCAGGGACUUCGUAUUGAUGAGGCCCUGCGUCUCUACCUGGAGGCCUUCAGGCUGCCUGGAGAAGCUCCAGUCAUCCAGAGACUCUUGGAAACUUUCACAGACAACUGGCAUAAAGUGAACGGCUCUCCUUUCAUGACCAACGACGCGGGCUUCGCCUUGGCUUACGCUGUUAUCAUGCUAAACACUGAUCAGCACAACCACAACGUCCGCAAGCAGAACAUCCCCAUGACUGUGGAGCAAUUCAAGAAGAAUCUGAAGGGAGUAAAUGGAAAUAAGGACUUUGACCAGGACAUGUUGGAGGAUAUCUACAAUGCUAUCAAGAAUGAGGAGAUUGUGAUGCCGGAUGAGCAGACGGGUUUGGUGAAGGAGAACUAUGUGUGGAGUGUGCUGCUUCACCGAGGCGCCACGCCUGAGGGUGUUUUCCUCCAUGUGCCACCUGGCAGCUAUGACCAUGACCUGUUUACCAUGACCUGGGGUCCCACCAUAGCUGCCCUCUCUUAUGUUUUUGACAAGAGCCUGGAUGACACCAUCAUCCAGAAGGCCAUCACCGGCUUCAGGAAGUGUGCCAUGAUAUCGGCUCACUAUGGCUUCAGCGAUGUCUUUGACAAUCUGAUCAUCUCCCUAUGCAAGUUCACUACUCUGAGCAGUGAGUCUGUGGAAAACCUACCUACAGUGUUUGGCAGUAACGGUAAAGCCCAGGUUGCAGCAAAGACGGUGUUUCACCUUGCCCAUCGACACGGUGACAUUCUAAGGGAGGGUUGGAAGAAUAUCAUGGACUCCAUGUUGCAGCUCUUCAGGGCCGAACUUCUGCCCAAAGCCAUGGUUGAGGUGGAGGAUUUUGUGGAGCCAAGUGGGAAGAUUUCCCUUCAAAGAGAGGAAACGCCUUCAAAUCGUGGUGAGUCAGCAGUGUUGAGUUUUGUCAACUGGCUGACUUUGAGUGGAGCCGAGCAGUCAGGACUGAGAGGACCUUCCACAGAGAACCAGGAGGCCAAGCAGGCUGCCAUCCUCUGCAUUAAGCAAUGUGACCCAGAGAAGUUGAUCACAGAGAGUAAAUUCCUACAGCUGGAGUCUCUACAGGAGCUAAUGAAGGCUCUGAUAUCAGUCACCCCAGAUGAGGAGACAUAUGAUGAAGAGGAUGCUGCCUUCUGCCUGGAGAUGCUCCUCCGCAUUGUUCUUGAGAACAGAGAUCGUGUGUCAUGUGUGUGGCAGACAGUCCGUGACCACCUUUGCCAUCUCUGCGUCCACGCCAAUGAGAGCUGCUUCCUGGUGGAAAGGGCCGUGGUGGGACUCCUUCGGCUGGCCAUCCGCCUGUUAAGACGAGAAGACAUCAGCUCCCAGGUGCUCCUUUCCCUGCGUCUCCUCCUGAUGAUGAAGCCACAUGUCCUUUCUUGGGUGAGCCGAGAAGUUGCCUACGGCCUCCAUGAGCUACUGAAGACCAACGCAGCCAACAUCCACUGUACAGAUGACUGGUACACCCUCUUCUCCCUGUUGGAGUGCAUUGGAGCCGGGGUGAAGCCUCCGGCCUCCUUCCAGCUCACCACCACCAGCAGCAGCAACGACACAGGUGCCCAGUCAGAUAGUGAGCUGUCAUGUGAUCAUGCCACCGAAGUGAGUUUAGACCGGGGCUACACAUCUGACUCGGAGGUCUAUACUGCACAUGGCAAAUCCAGGAUGCCUCGAUCCACAACCGACGUGGAUGUAGCAAGCAGCGGAUGGCUGGUGGUUGGUAAAGAUGACCUGGAGACCAGCAAGACACCACCAGCAAGCUCUAAGGCUCCCUUGAACCACCCACUGGUGAACCAAUACAGUCUCACACUGGGCCAGGACUUGGGCCAACAUGACACCAAGUCUCUCAUCAAGUGUGUGGAGACGCUGUCUUUUAUUGUCCGUGACGCAGCCCACGUCACCCCCGACAACUUUGAGCUGUGUGUCAAAGCCAUCCGAGUCUUUGUUGAGGCCAGUCUCAAUGGAGGCUACCGGAACCAUGACAAGAAGAAGAGCCACAAGUAUGAUUCCUCCAAGUCGAGGGUGAGGAAGAAGGCUGGCGGGCGGGAGAAGGAGGGUGGAGGUGGAACGAGACGAGGCAGCGGCCGGGCGUCCAGCCAGCGUCCCUCACGCUCCCACAGUGACGACGAGGAAGACGAGGGUGUCCCGGCCAGCUACCACACGGUGUCAUUACAGGUUAGUCAGGACCUGUUAGACCUGAUGCAUACACUGCACACCCGGGCUGCCAGCAUCUACAGCUCCUGGGCAGAGGAGCAGCGCCACCUUGAGGCUGCAGGCAGGAAGAUUGAGGCCGACUCCCAGACCUUAUGGACCAGCUGCUGGUGCCCACUGCUGCAAGGCAUUGCUUGGUUAUGCUGCGAUGCCAGACGACAGGUCCGUAUGCAAGCCCUUACGUACUUGCAGAGGGCGCUGCUGGUCCACGAUCUACAAACACUAGAUGCCACUGAGUGGGAGUCCUGCUUCAAUAAGGUGCUUUUCCCCCUGCUGACUAAGCUACUUGACAACAUCAGCCCAGCAGAUGUGGGUGGCAUGGAGGAGACCAGGAUGAGAGCUUGCACCCUGUUGUCAAAGGUGUUCUUGCAGCAUCUUUCCCCUCUGUUGUCCCUGCCCACCUUUGCUGCCCUGUGGCUCACUAUUCUGGAUUUCAUGGACAAGUACAUGCAUGCUGGCUCCAGUGACCUACUGUUGGAGGCUAUCCCCGAGUCUCUGAAGAACAUGCUUCUGGUGAUGGACACGGCAGGGAUUUUCCACAGUGCUGACUCCAGGACAGGAUACUCUGACCUGUGGGAAAUAACCUGGGAACGAAUUGUCUGCUUCCUGCCUAACCUGAGGGAGGAGCUCUUCAAACAGACUGUCAUACCAGACCCAGUGCCCAAUGCCCCAGCAGAGCCUGUCCAACCGGCGCCCCCUGCAGGCCGGCCUCCUUCCCCUCAGGUCUCCCCAUCACCUGCCCAGACCCCCUCCCCAGUCCCAGUCCCGGUCCCAGUCGUUGCACCAACAGAGCCAAAGACUCCCAGUAGGCCAGCAUCGCCCCAGGAGCCCCCACUAUCCAGUGCCAAUGGAACAGAUCGAUCAUCUCCUGUCCCCCCAUCAACCCCCCCCCUGCCGGUCCCAGUAAAGACGUCGCCAACCCAGGCUCCCUCCCCAAUGAGUCAGUCUCCCCUCAUCCUACAGCCCCUCGCCUCCCCCCUCCAGGUGGGUGUCCCUCCCAUGUCCCUGCCAAUCAUUCUGAACCCCGCCCUCAUCGAGGCCACGUCCCCAGUACCACUGCUUCCCGGUCCGCGACCUACGAGCCCUUCCGACGAGGUCAAAUGA